AAUAACCCUAAGAUGUAGUCUUCUACCAACAACCCACAUUGAAGUAUAUUUUUAGUCUUUGUUUAAAAAGUGUAUCAUUAUGACCUAUUUCUACAAGCCAUACAACUUUUAUCAGAAUACUUCUCCUGGUUAUCAAUUGCAUGAAUUUCGCUCGUCUUUUGAAAAAGCCAGAACCUUUGAUAUUGAGGAUGAUUUAGAAUUCUGUCCUGCUUUAUCCGACGAAGAAUUGUCCGCCAUAUACCAUAUGACUGGACUGUCCCCGACGAACAGUUCUCCAUCUUUAUCUCCAAUGACUCCUAAUAUGUACCCUAAUGCUAUACCGACUAUUCAAACCGGAAACUAUGCCGGGAUGCAAUAUGCCCCCUCAUCAUUGCAGCAUAACCCAAGCAGCCGUCAGAAAAAGUCUUCGAGUAUCCCAAUUAUUGAUCCGGUAACUCGUGCUCCCGCAGUUUUGACAGGUCCCGCAGCAAAUUCUCGUUCAAAACCCUACUGGUAAGAGGUUCUUGGAACAACUUUUGUAUUUUUGCAUUCUUGAUGAUUCUAUUCUUAAUAGCUCUUUGUACAAUUACUCAUUGCAUUUACCCUCGUAUUUAUCGAUUUUUCAUUUAUGCAGCUAAUGCGAAAAUGCGUAUACCUGUCUGUGUACCGCUUUUCUUUAAUGUUUUGUCUUUCCUAUCCCUAUAACACGAACACAUUUGCAAAACAUCGCUUUUUACGAACAUUGUAAAAUAUUCCGAGAGCUCUCUUACUUGUACAAUACUUGUUUCUUUGUUCUAUCUUUGUGUUGUUUAUGUCUUUUGUUUUGAUGAAGCCAUUCACUAUUAACUUUUAUUUUCCUUUCCUUGCGAGGAGGUCUUUUUUCCUUCGAUUGUAUAUCUAUAGUUGCUAAACUUUUCAAUGAAGUCUGUUAUCUUUAUGAAAA